GUAUAAAUAUGAAGUCAAUAUUAAUUGUGUCUAAUUCAGUCGAUGUGGAGCUGCAGGAUGGGAGUAAGAGAGGCACUUAUUCUAUUCGGCAUCAUAUCGUCUACAUUCGCUACCAUCAUCAGUCAACAAUGUUGGUACGACGUCUAUGUCCUCCGCCAGGCUCAAGACGUGGCCAAUGUUGUGGCCAACGCUGGCACUAGCUGCCUCUGCCAUCCACAACACGGCUAUGAAGUGUCCCAAGCUAUUAAGCAACCAAAUUCAGAUCUCGAGAGAGUCGUCGUGUUCUAUUACAGGGACAAAACAAACAACGAUAUAUACAUGUUCACUCCGAACAAUGAUAAACAGGUAUCAAUCCCUGAACUUACAUUCGGAAAAUACGAUGAUCUAUACAAAGUAAAUAGCGAUUUCUCCCUCAGACCAUUUGAAACCAGCACCAUUACUGUGUCCGUUGAUGUGCAAAAUCCAAUAAGUAAUCAAUAUCCACACCAAAAAAUUACUAACGCUCAAGAUAAACAAUUAGAGAAAAUUGACCAAUCAAUCAACGCGUGGAAUGAGCAGAACAAUGGGCCACAUGUAGUUACGGUUGACUAUCCACAUCCCUACGAACAGAUUAUAGAGCAAAACGUUGAAACUAUUGACAAUACACCUGUGGCAGUGCAUGAUCAGAAACUGGAGCAAAAUGUAUUAACAGUCGACUACCCAAAUUUGCUUAACCAAAAAAUACAACAAAAAGUUGAAACAGUUGACGAUUCACCUAAUGCUUGGCAUGAUCAAAAACAGGAGGUAAAUGUAAUUACAAUCGAUUCUCCAAUUUCGUAUAACCAGAAAAUACAACAAAAAGUUGAAACUAUAGACAGUUCACCUAACGCUCAGAAACAAGAACAAAAUGUAUUAACAGUCGACUAUCCAAAUUUGAUUGAACAGAUAUUAGAAGAAACGAACGUUCAACCUAGUAGUUUCAACCUAGCUAGUAGUUCCAACACUCGGGGACAAAAUCUUGUAACAAUUGACUAUCCAGAUUUGCUUGAUCAGGACAUAGAGCAGGACGUUCAACCAGCUAUCAAUUCACUGAACCCUUGGCUAGACCAGAAUUUAGUAACAGCUGAUAUUACAAAUUUAUAUGACCACAAAAAUCCACAAAUUCUUGGAACUAAUGUUUGGUAUGACUCAGUAGUACCAGAGAAAACAGAACUCGAUGAUGAAUUAAAAGUUGCUCUCCAUACAAUUGAAAAUGAUUGGAUUAGGCCAGGUUCCGACUUUAAGACUUGGUUUAGUCAACAGACAAUACAAUUUCCCGAAUUAAGUUCAGUAGAUUCACAACACAUUUCUGUAGAAGAACUUCAAUCUCAUCUUGUUAAUUUAUUGAAAAGAUAUGGAUAUAGCCUUAUAAAUGACCAAAUACUGAAUGCCAAUAGAGAACCUGUAGAUUUUUCUCAAUACAAAUUAAUUCGCGUUAUAAUAAGAGCACCUGAUGAUGAGCAGCACCUGACUUCCAAAGUAAUCGGAGUAAUGUUGGUAAAUAUGUCCCCACUUACGAUUCUAGGCGUUGUGCCUUUAAGGAAUACUUUUGAUGAAACAAGUAUGCAAGGCUGGGAUAAUGAAAAAAAUAUCUUGGGAAAAUAUACAUUUGCGCCCCACCAUGUUAAUGUAACAAAAGACUUACUAAACAAUGAAAACAUGACGUUGGAAAAUACAACUAAUGGAAAUAGAAAAUCCAUAAGUCUUUUUGCAAAUCUGGGCAUAGCUCGUGUUUCACCAUCAAGUAAAACAGUUGAAACCACUCGCAGAAAUUCAGGAGAAGAGGUAUUACCAGGGUUCAGGAUUAUAGGGGGUAAUGCAGCAACAGGCAGCGGAACACCGAUCACAAGUAAAGGCCGCUCAGCAUCUCCUUAGGUUCUAGCUGCUUUUAGAAAUAUUUUUAACUCGACUACUGCUUUGUCUAUCGGAUCAGAAUCUUCAUUGGUUCUAUGGAUUUUCUGUGUAUUAUAUAUAAAUAUUAUUGCUGCAAUUUCACUAUGGUAUUAAAUACGUCAGUGAUGGAAAAAAAUGUUACAUUAUUUGACCUUC